ACUCCGGAAGAAUCGGAAGUAAAAGUUGUCGCAGGUCUAAUCGAAGAAGGCCUGCUGGUGUCUAACAUCAGUGAUCAACAUCAGAAUCUCGCUUAAGAGGAUGGAGACGGAUAAAGUAUCGAAUGAGUUUGUGAAGCUCACUGUGACAACCGAGGGUUCUGACCUCGGCUGCGAGCGGGCAUUCAACAGAAACAUCACUGUGGGAGAAUUGAAACAACGGCUGGAACUCAUCACUGGAGCUGCGUAUGAUCGUAUGAAACUCGAGUUGAGGAACAAGACCUCCCCGAACGAUCUCAUUGAACUUCUGGCCGAGGAUGGGAAAUCGCUGAAAGACUACCCAUGCAUCCAAGACGGACUCUUGCUGCGUGUUGUCGACCCUAGCAUGACCAAUAUUUUUGACGAGACCGACGCCGUGGAGAAGCUCAGUAUAUCGGAUGAACGCUACACUCAAAUCAGCAAUGUGAGAUCAUACAUGCAGAAAUACGGACAUCCCAAGUUAAUGAACCGGAAAGAGAACGCCGAUACUGUGAACGAAAGCGAACGGGUCCCCCAAGAGGAUCUGCGGAAUUUCGAAGUGGGGAAACGCUGCGAAGUGCAAACCAAAGGCAGUCUUCCUCGGAGAGGGGAAAUCAAAUACAUCGGAGAAAUUUGUGUCAAGCCUGGGAUUACUUUCAUUGGUGUUCAACUGGAUGAGCCCCUGGGGAAAAACGAUGGCACGGCUGGGAAAGUCCGAUACUUCGAGUGCGAACCGAACUACGGAGUUUUCGUGAGACCGACCGACGUGGAGGUGGGGGAAUUCCCGGAGUUAUCCAUCGAUGACGAGCUCGACGAAAUAUAGUUCUGAGACGCACCCUAUUCCCCGAUAACUUGACGAGCAACACUUGCUUCUGUCGCCGAAAUUUCUCUGUGAUCAUCCAUUUUGUCUUCACCAUGCCUUCAUUGAGAGGUACACGGUGAAUGAACAACUUGGACCGGAUUCCUGAGCGGGGGCCCUUGGCGAGCCGCGUGGGAAUCUGGUCGAAAAAAACUCGGAACCCGGGUACCGAUAAGUUAUUCCUGCACAGCACGCUUUAAGUGUUCGAUGUUCCCGUUUCAAACAUUCGAUUGAUUCGAAUUAGCAUCGAUCAAGCGGAUUUGCGAAUCCGAAGAAGAAAUUAGCAAGCGAACCAGCCCGAGGAGAAUGUUUUCUAACCGAUUGUCAUCGGUGAAUAAAGGAAUGGCCGCUGUAAUUCGUAAA